AUGAAUCCUUAUAUUCAAGUUGAUGCAACUAGUCCCAUACAACUUCCAAAGAAAAUUGUUAUUUGUGGAUGUCCAUAUAGUGGUAAAACUUCAUUAAUACGCAGGUUUUUAUGUAAUUCUUUUGUCGAAGAAUAUUCUAAGACAAAUGGUAUUGAUGUUAUUCCAAGUUCAAUAUUUUUUGGUGAAGUUAUUAUCCAUUAUAAUAUUUGGGAUUUUCCUAAUUGGGAGAUUAAUAAAGAUAUAGUUAAUAGAUAUAUGAGUAAAACAGAUGCUGCAGUUAUUGUUUUUGAUAAUAGUAUUGAGUCAUAUCACUAUUGUCUUAAAUGGAUUGAUGUUCUUCACCAAAUUUAUCCUGACACACGAAUAUUUGCAAUACAAAAUAAAUAUGACUUAAUAAAGAAAUAUGAUAGUAAUUGGAUUAUUCAAUGCAUAAAUGAAUUGAAACAAAAAGAAGUACCAUAUUAUCAAGUAAGUUCUAAAAGUGGAUAUAAUGUUAAGAAUUGUUUUAAUGAAAUAUUAAAGAAAUUAUUUGAUAUAUCAACAACAACACCAUUAAUAGAUCCAUUAGAGACUCAAGAAGUACCAGAAAAGAAAUAUUAUUGUAAGAAUUGGUUUUGUUCUUAUCAGCAAUUAUAA